AUGAAAUCUUCUCUCGUGAUUUUCUUCGCCUUUUUUCUGAUUGUCACAGUUUUUUCCGAAGUUAUUACUAAAGAUAAAUAUGCAAAACAUAGUUUGGCAAAAGGAAACAAACCAGCGUGUAUGUUGGUGAGUUUUAUCUGUAGAUCUAUUUUUUCUUUAUACAUAAAUCUCAAAUUCCAGACCAGAGCUCGACUCGGAUGUAGUUGUGAUUUCUGCAAAGAUGUUGUUGGUUUCACCAAAGCCCUCAUCCUUAACCAUAUCGUACGUAUUUAAUUUUUUUUCCCACAAAUCAUAAUCGAAUUUCUAUUUAGCCAGCAGAAGAAGAAGUUCUCGACAAAGUUUGUUAUCGAAUUUUCGGAGAGGACAAGAAAAAAGAGUCAUUCUGUCAAGAAAUUAUCAAAGAGGAACUUCCUGAUAUCAUCAAAUACGUCAGAAAUCAUUUGGAACCAAAGAAAGCUUGCGCCAAAUUCUGUUAA